AUGGAGAAACCAUCAGCCUGUGUUCUGGUUGACACUCUCCCUGUAUUGUCAGCGCUUAUAGACUCCCUCAAAGGCCUGCCAAGAGAACCACCAUCAAUAUACAUCGACCUUGAAGGAGUCAAUCUCUCCAGACACGGCACCAUCUCCCUAUUGCAGCUCUACAUCCACCCCACCAACAAAGUUUACCUCAUAGACGUUCUCGUGCUCAAAGAGAAAUGCUUUUCGACACCAGCAACAGGGGGCCCCCUCACGUUGAAAGAUAUCCUAGAGUCCAAAUCCACUCCCAAGGUGUUCUUCGAUGUCCGCAACGAUUCAGAUGCUCUAUACAGCCACUUCCAAAUCAAACUGGCUGGUGUCGUCGACCUCCAGCUGUGGGAGCUUGCCGCUCGACCGUUUGCCGGAAAGUAUGUCAAGGGGCUGGCAAAGUGCAUCGAGAUCGACUCUUCCCUUUCGGAUGAUGAGAAAGCCGAGGUCAUGCAGACCAAGGAAAAGGGCAAAAUGCUCUUCAGCCCCGAACAUGGAGGAAGUUACGAGGUGUUCAACGAACGUCCUCUUUGCAAAGACAUCCAGGCUUAUUGUGCGCAGGAUGUAUAUCUCCUCCCUGGCCUGCUGAGAUGGUAUAUCUGCCGGUGUGACCCGAUAUGGGAGAAGAGAGUGGCCGAAGCUUCGCAGCUCAGAGUUGCACAAUCACAGAGAGAGGACUACAAUGGCACAGGAGGGCAUAUGACUUUGGCUCCGAGUGACUAG